AACCGCCCGAAGGCACUCUGGGAUGAAUUGCGAGUUUCCCAACAGUAGUUGCCACUCAGAGAAGAGUGCCGGUCGACGACACGUACUGCGAGUGUUCGAUUUUCUCCUGAGCGACUCGAACUGGCUGAACUGGCACGGAGCGAGUAUACUGAUGAUGGAACUGCGGUUGACAGUAGUGUAUAGUGUAUUCAUGGAAAGCAAACACGGUCAGAGGGGAAUCGCACACUUGGCCGUCGGAAGAAGAGAAGGGAACUCUGGCCACUGCCAGCAGUAGUAGCAGCAGCAAAAAAAAAAGCACAACUUUGACAAGCGAGCAGCGACGACGACGUUUUUCCAGUUUUCACAUGCAAGACAGUCAGUGUCGUGUCCUGGUACAGCUAAUUUUUUUUACGAUUUUCGGUGAAGAAGAUGUGAUUUCACAGUGUGUAUCGCUCAAGUAAUAUUCAAAUCCCAGUCGGUGGAGAACAUUUAAUCUGGUGGUGAAAAGAUCGGACUGAAAAAAGUGGAGUUUCGCGACGUGCCCAGAAAAUGUAGGUGUGUUUCGCCGACGAACGGAAGACACAGGAUAAGACGAGAUUAUACUCUCGAAAUUGCAGGAAAUCCCACCAGGGAGGAGUGUGAGAUGAAGAAUUUGCAUUGAAAAGUGGUUCGUUUUUCUUUCCGGAAGCUGCAGUGUCACGACGACGGUGCGCUCGGCGGAAAAUAGACAGAGGAAAAGUUUAUUACGAUUGAUUUUUCUCUUCCGGUUCGGGCGGGGAAGGCAGACCCCGACAUGGGAUGAUGUGACCUGUCCCGCCGACGACCCAGGGAUUUCUUAAAUAUGAUAUAUUGUAUCGUAAGUUGUUCCUGGAAUUAGCGUGCUGGAAUUUGGGGCUCAGUCCAGCAGUGCCCAAAAGUGCGACGAUUCUUUACUCAGAUGCAUAAAUUUUUAAAUCACUACGACCGAUGAUCGUGAUGCUGCAACUCGUGAGCAGCAGUAGUAGAAGAUGAUGCUGCAAGCAUUGAAAAAAAAGGUUGAGAGUACCGUACCACACCAUCAUCAUCGUCAUCGUCAGCAGCAGCAACAACAACAACGCUAGUACGAUAGGCAAGCAACAUUAGUGAAGUCGAAGUGUAUAUGUGCCCGUUUAUGCAUGUGUGGUGUGUUUUGUGUCAGAAGUGAAGAAGGUGUGUUGCAGGAAGGGUGUACCCCCCUUUGGGGAGUGUAUAGAAGAUACUCCUCUGACAGGAAGGAAGACGGUGCAGCAUAUAUCUGGGUUACGUUACUGGAUAAGAAGAAAAAAGUGAAACAUUGGAAAGGAGGCUGACAUACAGGAUCAAAGUGUACACAAGGUGCUGUUUCUUCACGGUGGAAAAUAGAUACAGAGGAAGAGCCGGGGUGUAAAAGUGAAGAAGUAGAUAGUGGAGCUGCUGCUGGAGUGGCAUUUUGCUCUUCGCAUCGCGGACAAACUUGCCAGACGAACAGGGAUGCCAGCCGAGCGAGGAUAAUCUCUCUUGACCUGGUUUCGAUUGUGAAGGUUCAUAUGGGAACCGUGCUAUGAGCUUUGCGCGCCCAAGCUGAAGUGUCUUUGAAUUGAUAACAAGCAAGCGGAGAAGACGCGGUGGCCGUCGUGUCGAGGCUAAAAGAAGAACGUGAAAAAGAACUGCAGCGCAGUCACCAGCCUUGCUCGACGACAGCAACCUACCACCUACCACCCACACGCAGAGAGAACGAGGCAUCAGGCGUCCCGAAUAUAGGAACCCUGUGCUGAAUAGCAAGAACGUGAGCCAACCCCACAUUGAAGCACGUCGCCUUUCUUUUUCGUUUUUUUUUUUUGAGUGUGCCAAAAAGAACUACCGACCACUCGUAGUCUAAUCUAUGCGGUUUUCCCGUCUUGUGCUGCCUGCGAACGUAUAUUUGACCGAAGAAGUGCUGUUUGAAAAAAGGUAGUGGUUUUCCCGAAGGCACGUUCCGGCUGAACAACAGCAAGGAAGAAGAUUUCCCUAUAUUGGGGUCGCGUCAGAACGGGUGCACCACCCCCCGAAGGGUGCUGAUGGGCGAAGGCGAAGAGAAUAGAACCGUCAUCACCGAGAGAAGAAGAAAAGCGAAUGGAACCAAGUGAUAGGUUAAUUAUAGUGGCAUUUAUUUAUCCGGAAGCGACUCUUAUCAAGUAACGAAAUUGUCAAUUGAGACAAAGUGCUUCUGGGAAGAUAACGGGUAUAGGUGGGUGGAAGGAUGUCAUUGGAAGAGAAGCUACUUCGUAAAUAGGAUCAGUAUUAAAAUAAAGUGGAACAUAACAUAUUCGGUAGGUGUUUUGUGUUUUUUUGGUUUUCCGGUUUUUUUUUACGAGCGUGUAAAACAAAACAAAAGCAUACGCAAAGUUUAGUGAUUGUGCGAUGAUUAUCAUGGGAAGAGAAUGAUCUGACAAGUGUGCAACAAGCAAGACUCUAUUCUAUGUUAUACUACUUUAUCACAUCGUGUGCAAUAUACAGUUUAGCCAUUAGAAUUAGCGUGUUGAAUCGAAUUACGUGCGGUGAGCGCGAUUACCGAAUCUACCCCCGAAAAAUAACCAUCAUCAAUGCAUAGUGAGGAUGAACUAAUCGCUCGUACUCACAAACAGCAAACGACCCAGCAAAUCACGACUGUAACGAAGGUCGUGCGCGAGGUGAAACAGUUGGGACCGGAUGGGCAGCCGUUUGAUUAUGUAGCAAUGCCUCUCGAAAUGGGACCCGAUGGACAGCCGAUCGACUACGUGUCGAUGCCGAUGGGAAUCUACACGACCCGGUCGCAAUACAUGAACUACAACCAUUUGGACCAGCAGGAGCAGAUGGCCGCUGCGGCAGCCGCAUCGCAAUCGCAUAUGGCACCCGGUGCGAAAAAUAUGGCCGGGCCCGGCGACAAAGGGCAGUACCAGACACACUACCAGGACUACGAACACUACUCACAGUAUACGGAUUCUGGCUAUGACCCUGCCGGCGUUCAUCAUCCACCUCAUCCGCAGUCCUACCUCGGAGAGUAUCAGAUUAAUGACCGCUCAACACCUCAUAAUUCAAGCGAGAACAGCGAAUCUUCGAUACCGCUGCCAAUGAACGUACCUCAGAUGGGCAAUCCAUCGGCCAAUCUGCUACCGCCGGGCUAUAUGCAGGGACAGUACGACGAAAUGGGUGAAUACGUCAUAGCACCGUCGCCUGGAGGUCCAGUUGAUCGGCUCUAUCCGGACAACCCCUCCGCAAUGGUGUACGGCUAUGUAUCAACUCCUCCCUACGGAACGAUUAGUUCUCACGGUCACAUUGAUCCAUCCGGUGCCAGCGAACCUACAUACGCCACGAAACAACUUGCCUAUGAAGCAGCAGCCAGUGCCAGUCAACGAGGAGUUCCUCCGGAAGGUGCCUGCUACUACGACGGCGAGGAUGAUCUCCAGCAGCAUAUGCAGAACCUACAAAUUCAUAACCACGUCUUUCUGCAGCAUCACAUCAUAACCUCCCCGGGUGGGAACAACCGACCCGGUGGAAGCGGGCCUGAAGGUCCUGAUCUCGAAGAGCAGCGCCAAAUGAAAUGGCGAGAUCCUAAUCUAACCGAAGUGAUCGGUUUCCUCAGUCAUCCCAACAACGCCAUCAAGGCCAAUGCCGCCGCUUACCUACAGCAUCUGUGCUACAUGGAUGAUCCAAACAAACAGCGAACGCGAACCCUCGGCGGUAUUCCUCCGCUGGUCAAACUCUUAGGCCACGAAAACACCGACGUGUACCGAAAUGCCUGUGGUGCCCUGCGGAAUCUAUCCUACGGUCGCCAAAACGACGAAAAUAAACGUGCAAUCAACAGUGCCGGAGGCAUCCAGGCACUGAUCCACCUGCUCCGACGGACAUCGGAGUCCGACAUCAAAGAACUGGUCACCGGAAUCAUCUGGAACAUGUCCUCGUGUGAAGAUCUGAAAAGGUUCAUCAUCGACGAUGCGAUCAUAGUGAUCGUGUCCUACAUCAUCAUUCCCCAUUCGGGUUGGGAUCCAACGAAUCCGGGUGAGACCUGUUGGAGCACCGUGUUCCGGAAUGCGUCCGGCAUUUUGCGGAAUGUUAGCUCAGCCGGAGAAUAUGCUAGGAAAAAGCUUCGCGAAUGCGAAGGUCUAGUGGAUUCGUUACUGUACGUCGUUCGGAUAGCGAUCGAAAAGUCGAACAUAGGUAACAAAAUUGUGGAAAACUGUGUCUGUAUACUGCGAAAUUUGUCCUACCGUUGUCAGGAGGUGGAAGACCCGAACUACGAUAAAAAUCCCAUCCCCCACUACAGUAGUGCCGAUGGUUCACAUGGCAAUGCUAUUGUGAGUGCGGCGUCGUCUAAGGGCGAAAAUCUGGGUUGCUUCGGGGCCAGUAAGAAGAAGAAGGAACAGCAGGCAGCGGCAGCGGCGGCCGCGCAGGCUGCCGACGCGAAGGAUCAUUCCAGUGCGAAUGGAGAUCCGGCCAGGAUGGCCUACAAAAAUACGGCGCAUUAUAAGGGUGCGGAGCAGCUGUGGCAGCCCGACGUUGUACAUUCCUAUCUUGCCUUACUGCAGAGUUGCUCAAAUCCGGAAACGCUGGAAGCGGCGGCUGGUGCAUUGCAGAACCUGGCGGCUUGCUACUGGCAACCGAGCAUAGAGAUCCGUGCCACCGUGCGAAAGGAGAAAGGUCUCCCGAUUCUGGUGGAACUGCUCCGAAUGGAGGUGGACCGGGUGGUGUGUGCCGUUGCCACUGCUCUACGCAAUCUAGCUAUUGACCAAAGAAAUAAAGAAUUGAUCGGCAAGUACGCGAUGCGAGAUUUGGUCCAGAAGUUACCCUCUGGGAAUCCACAGUGCGAUCAGGGUACCUCGGACGACACGAUCGCAGCCGUACUGGCCACGUUAAACGAAGUCAUUAAGAAGAAUGCGGAAUUCGCUCGAUCCCUGCUGGAAGCCGGUGGCGUAGAGCGAUUAAUGAACAUGACACGACAACGACUAAAGUACACCCCGCGGGUACUGAAAUUCGCCGGUCAGCUGCUGUUUACAAUGUGGCAACAUCAGGAACUGAGAGACAUGUACAAGAAGCACGGCUGGAAGGAGCAGGACUUUGUGACGAAAACGAUCGCCUCGCGGAACGUAAACAGUAGCAACGGUGGCAGCUAUAGUGACAACUCACCAAAUUCACCCAACAACACACUGAACCGUCCGAUGGCAUCCCAGAGUGGUACCAGAUACGAAGAUCGAACCAUGAAGCGGCAGCAAGCGUCGAACAACGGUGGCCAAGCAAUGUCCCUGCCACCGAGCGACGGAGCUGUCAAGAUGGGUAAGUCCGCCGCAGCUAGGGUAGAAUCUAGUCACCGUGAGUCGUUCUAAUGUGUCGAUUUUCCCGAACUUGUAGGCAGAUGAAUCUACCAAGAAGCACAAUCCGAUCUAUCAGGGUAGUCAGAAAAGGUAGCUAACCAACACUCUACAGACACACAGAAUGAGAAAGAGAGUGAGAGAGAGAGAGAGUCUAGUAGGACAGCAGCUAUGUAGCGAAUCUAUUUAGGAACAACCACUCAAUUGCAACACUAAAACAGGUACACCCAGAUGCCACCUGGUGGAGUUCGUUUAGUCUAGGCGACAAUGCAGACCCCCGUUAAACCUAUACACAUUAUUGGAAAGAAUAGUCUUUCCAAACAAACAAAAGGAAAGGGGAAUCAAACUGACUCAAGGAGUAUAUUACGAGAACAAUUUAAACACAAAAUAUUCCAAGCUAAUGAUGCGAAAUGGCGAAACAGCAGCUUCAGCCAGUAAGAGAUGACACGGCAGUCUUAGAGUAGUUUACACACAAAGUAAUAUAUUGGAUAUCUUAUUUCCACCAUCACGCAACAAUCUUAUUCGACAGAGCUCUAACAAAAAGUGGUAAAAUCGAAACUCUCUCAAAUAGUUCCCUCGACAUCGCGCAAUACCUACCAAAUUCAUCGUUUAUCAUAGACACCCAUACAAACACACACAUAUGCGAAUUACAGGAAAUUACCCUUCAGAAAUGAAUUUUGAAAUUUAGAAUAUGACUGUUAACAUUCAUAGCAACACCUAUCAUGGACACUUACGGUCCUCUCCCAUAUUUGGCGCUUACUGCACACACUGUUGAGCUAUUCUGUUUCAUUGUUUUCCAUUCAACGCGCACCAGUUUACAUUUCUACUAAUUUAGAACGUAUCUGUUCGUAACUUGUACGAUUAAUUCCAUAACAAAUUUUACGAGGGUGAACUAAUAGGUUUCAAUUCGCUAUAGACAUUAUGGUUGAAACACGUUUGGAUAUAUUUGCUGUACUGGUCAGAAGAAGUCAAGAAUGUCAUUCAAACAGCUCGUUUCAUAUUGCCAAGGCUUUUAUUUGAAGAAUUUGGAGAACAUGUUUAUGACAUGGAAAAAGACUUCAGGAUAUCGUAGUUCCGUUGAACGUCAAGAAUGGUUCCCUUCUACAUGUUGCCGUUUGAGUGCCCUACAUUUUUAUUUGAUUAUUCGAAACACAGUUUCCGUAUUGCCAUUGUUUGCUUUCUGAGCUAUUAUCUUUUACGGGCCUACACCAACACCCUGUCUCGAAGAUUAUCGUGCACAGCACUGUUAUGAGUCCCACACUGGCACAAAGACGAUGUUCAGCCCAUACCAUGGAGAACAGACGCUGUUUUGAGCCGCUCCUAAUAUGAAGAACAGAUGUUCGGUUUGUAUGAGCCGCGCCCUCUGAAGAGGGGUGCCCCUACCCUUUUCCUCAGCACGUAGACUUAGGUCCCACCGAGGUUGGUUACUGGACGGUACUGGAUAAGAGGCUAAGUACCACUACUAUAAUCUAUUUAUACCAGCACAGUUACUCGUAGUAAUGGUACGCAUUGCCCAGUCGUACCAGCCCAGGUGAAGUCUCCCACGACGUUGCAUCAGGAAAGUCAAGUCAAGUCAGGUACGGAGUUUCAGUCAGAUUACGUCUAGAGGGAGUCUGGUGCACUUCGAUUAAAAGUUCCGAUGACCCCGGUGCGGGGCGUCUCCAGAGGACUUUCGGAUGAUGGUGCUGAUGAACUUAGGCAGAAGAUUUUCUUGGUCUGAGCCUUAGAACCAAGCGAUUUACUGAAAUUUAGGCUAAAUCCGAUUGUCACCUCCUUGUUUUAGGUUCUUUAGGCUCCCAAUAACUUCUAGGCUUGUGUGUUUCGGUAUAGAAUUGAUCGAAAUAACGUCAUCAAAGAUAUUUCGAGCUUGCUUUUUUAACUGUGUAGAGUGUAGACCUAUCUUUCACUUAAGCUUUCAAAUUAGCUUCUUUUAUAGUUCUCUGGAUCUGGGUCCUACAAGAUACUCAAUUGUUUCUUAUGUUCUUGUAUCCAAAGUACGUUGAACUUGCUGUAGAGGUGCUUUUACUGCAUUACUUCAAGGUAUUAACUCGUUUGAAUUUGUCCUCGAAUUUUAGUCUGCCUGGUCUUGCAAAUUGUCUAGACUUAUCCUGAAUUUACUUGUGGAUUAUCACAUUAUAUUCUCCAGGCGAUUGGUCUUAAGGUUCACUGAAAAUUAACUGGAGUAGUGAAUCAAACUUCUCGAAUAUUUCAAAAAUGAAUACUGAAGUGUUCAGCUACAGAAUAAAGACCAUAAUUAAAUAUGAUUAAAGAAUUGCUGGCUCGAAAGUUUUCUUAUCGCAUGAUACAUUUUUGAGGAUGUGGAGAUCUACACAAGUUAUAACUAGUCGUAUAUUAAAUAUUAUCCGCCAAUCAGUUAGGGCGUAGACAAGAAGAUUGUUAGGUGACAACUCUUCCAGAAUCCAGUUGGUAAAACUACCCGAUGUAAAGUGAGAAAUUGUAAAAUUCGUUCGAAGCUUUAGCCUUUGAGCUAUAAAUGGCAAGAAUGGGUCGGUCUAAUACUGCCGGUGGAACCAUAAUGGUCCCAUGUGUAUAUGAAAGUUCAUUGGACAUGGGUCAAUUAUGCGUCCACCGGCAGUACAAAGCUUGAGAAUAAUCAUGGAAUGCAGUCUUCUUGAUAUGUUGUCUUCGGUUAGGGUGAAGAAGCCUUAUCGGUAACACGUUUGCUGUAGCAAAUGGCUGCAAUGAUGAUCGUUUGGAUGUUUCGAGAUCGUAAUCGUGUGAGAUACGUUUUUGAAAAACUGGUUGUACCGGUCAUGUAAUAAGUUCCUUGAAGCAAGAGUUGUUGGAAACUCCCACCAGGUUGUAUUAUAUUGAUUGCGUUGCUGCAAACGAAAUUUACAUAGCAUUUUUUGGAGCACAAAUCUCAUUUUUCUUUGUGUCACUAGAACUUGUUUGAGCUCCAUUUAAUUUUGUGGGCCAGUGCAGCUUAUCGAACGUAUUACAACUACGUCAAAACCUUUGUCCUCUGUUAUAAAUUUACAGCAUCUCUAUUGAAUCGAAUUCCUGGCACGUCAAUUCCUGUAAAAUUCACCAAUCGAAAGUUGCAUGUUGUUUCUCGGUUAUCGUUGUUAACUAUUAACCCAUUACACAAGAGAAGACGAAUAUUCAUCGUUAAUCAUUAACCUCACUCCAGCACACAUCUCCUUCGCACCAACAUCCGAAUCCUUUGCCCCAUGCCCAUCACAUUUAACCAUAUAUGAACGUUGUCUCGGUGUAGAAAGCGACCACGCAAGACGAACGGUCAUCAUCAUAAAUGUAUCUAUAAUAGCGCAUUGAUAGGAACCAGCCUCAUUAAAAAGAGCAUGAUAAAGGAUAAAAAUGAAAUCAAAUACUCACAUACUAACACAAACACACAUUCAAUGGAAAUCGUGCUGGUUUAAUCACAUAGACCUUUUGUCUCGGAAAGGAAGAUAGCUCAAUGACUAUAGGCGCCGCCCCCCGUCAACACAUGUGUACAGUUAAUCGUAAGCGAAUUGGAACAGUACAUAUACAGAACCUAGAAUGGAUAUGCUAAUUGAAAUUAUGUAAACGAGAAGACGCUGUAAUUCGAAUUUUUUGAUACAUUGAACGAUUGCUGAGAUAAGUGCGUAGAAUUUUAAAUGAACUAGUGGAACUAAUUUAACGUCUCGGUAUAAAAAACGAAAAAUGAGAGCUCAGAAAACACGCGACAACAACAAAGCAGGAACAAAACAGCAACAAAUUUUUAUCCCUCGCUACUAUCACUAACAUGAAUAGAGAAUAGCAAACUACAUGGAAUAAUCCACAAGAACAGUCGUACUCCCUGUCAUGGAAUUCCCCCUUUUAGAGGACGCGAAGGCGGUGACAAAAGACAGCCACAAGGAAUUACAAUGAAAAUUAAGGCGAUAAACUCUGCUCAAAGGGCUUAAUGUGCAAGUAACAAGAGGAAAUCAUGCAAAAGCUAAACAAAUGUAACCAGGAAAAAAGAUAAAAAAAAAUCAGAACAGUAGAUUAGAACAAAUUGAAAUAAUUGAUAAGCUGAUGGCGGAAGUGCAGUACAUAACUAAGAAGUUUAAUAUCUAAUCAUAGCAAGGAUAACAAAACAAACCAAGUGGGAAAAAGUAAUAAUUUUAUGGUCAAUUUUAUCAUUAUAAACAAGUUACGAAAGAAAACAAAAACGAAAUAUAGGAAUCACCAAGUUCACUUUCACAUUCACGAAAACUCACUCACCCCACACGAACAUAUAAUGCAUAAAACUACUGUCGCAUCAUACCGAGCACGCAUUUAAAGGAACUAUAGGAAUUCUACCACACAGACACACACACAAAAAAAAACAACCCUACGGAAGUAAAGCAACAAAAAAUGAAUAUCAACACUGUAUUUUCCUGUAGUCGUACCACUUCUUAUUCUCUCACAUCAUGCAACUCUGACAUCAGAAAUCGUAGCAUCUGUCGAAAAAUUACUGAUUGUUUUGAGAAAAUGUUUUCUACGCAAAAAAAAUAGACGUCAUUCCAGCGAGCGAGCACCGCAUCACUUCGUAUAUUCCUUCUUGUCAAGCCUCUCAUGAUGGUGGUGGAUAUUGUCGUCGUUGAACGUGGUCCUUGAUAUAGAUAUAAAAUACUACAAAUCAGCCAACACUCUAUGUAUAGCUAAUCGUUGUUGGCUAACUACAAUGAAUCGAAACGAAGGUACUUCAAAGAUUAUGAUUUCUUGCUGCCACCAGUGGAAAGUGUGGAAAUCAAUUGAGCUUCUUUUUUAUCUUUGAUUCUUAUCGUACAUUCUAACCUAUAACUUAGUUCAAUCCAAUUGGCAAACUGAUUCGGAACCGAGAAAAGACAUGACUUUAUGUUGUAGGAUUAAAAAAAAAACUAAUCAGAAAAUCAGAUCAGGCACUGAAAACCAGGGGCUACAUUGCGCAUCUCGAAACGAAACACUUUUUGUACGAAUGCUUGUAUGAAAAAGUUUUUCGUUUCGAGAUGCGCAAUGUUGCCGCAGAUUAAAAGACGCAUCUAGCAGUGAUAUGAAUUUGUUUAUAUUUAGCUAAUUCGUAGAUUAUUGAUCAGCCAUUACAAGACGAAAACAAACACACAUACAUGCAGACAGACACUGGGUAUAUUCCGUGAGAGAGAAAGAGAGAGAGAAAGCAAAAAAAACUAAUUACAAUUAUUAUCGAAAUUAUGAUUAAAACAAAAAUAUUGUAUCGACAAUUGUGGGAAAAGUGCAUGAAAGAGGAGGAGGGUGGUUUAUGAGGAUAAAAAACAGUAGGAACAAAAAUGGGUAGCAAAGAAUUCACAAUUACAUACACACUCACUAAAAGCAGAAAGCUAGUUAAAAAAAAGAAUGGAUUCAGAGUGGAGGCAACUGUAAGUUUCUCCACAUCGCAUGGUCGGGAAAUGAAAGAACAGCAGCGAGUGAAUGAUAAUGGUUGAAAUUACUUAAUCUAAAAAAAAAACAUGCAAACGUAUAUACAACAAUUUAAACAAAAAACAAGUAAA